AUGGCUGCCGACCGCUCGGAGGCUCCGCGGCCCAAAGCGGUCUCGGCGGGGCCUGCGGGGGCCACGGCCGGGGCUGCUCCGCAGUGCCUCGAGCUGCCCACGUACGCCGCCGCGUGUGCGCUGGUGCCCAGUCGUUACUCGUGCCUGGUGGCCGCGCCGCACCGCAGGCACGUCGCCCUGGCGCCGCGCUACCUGCACCGCAAACGCAGUGGCAUCCGGGAGCAGCUGGACGCCGAGCUCCUGCGCUAUUCCGAGAGCCUUUUAGGUGUCCCUGUGGCAUAUGAUAACAUCAAAGUAGUUGGCGAAUUAGGAGAUAUAUAUGAUGAUCAAGGACACAUUCAUCUUAACAUUGAAGCAGAUUUUGUUAUUUUCUGUCCCGAACCAGGGCAAAAGCUAAUGGGUACAGUCAAUAAAGUGUCCUCUAGCCACAUUGGCUGUUUAGUCCAUGGGUGUUUCAACGCUUCCAUCCCGAAGCCUGAGCAGAUGCCAGCUGAGGAGUGGCAGACUCUGGAGAUCAAUGUGGGUGAUGAACUAGAAUUUGAAGUAUUUCGUUUAGACUCAGACGCUGCGGGAGUAUUCUGCAUUCGGGGAAAAUUAAAUAUGACUAGUUUACCAUCCAAGUGCUCUAAAGAUGAUGUAGCAGAAAUUGUAACUGAAGAAACUGUUGAAAAACCUCCAAAGAAGAAAAAGAGAAAGAAGAAAGACUUAGAGCCAUGUGAAGUGGACAAUGGUAUCACGGAGCCAGCAGAUUUUGCGGAUGGCAUCAUGAAUGAAGAUCCAGAUGCACAGAGUAUUCUGAAUAGCCUCUGCAAAGAAGAGCCAAAGAAGAAGAAAAAGAAAAAGCACAAGAGAGAUCAGGACCAAGACCCUGUUUUCCAGUGCAGUGACUCUAGUGGUUAUCAGAGUGACCACAAAAAGAAAAAAAAGAAGAGGAAGCAUAGUGAGGAAGCUGAGUUGACCGCAGUUUUGGAACACUCUCCUAAAAAGAAAAAGAAGUAAUUUCUUUAAUUUUAAAUGAUUCAUUUUUUAAAUUGGGAUUUGCAUAUAUAAGUGAAUAAAUAUUUUGAAUGAUAUGAAA